UGAACUUCGUGGAGUGGAGCUUGUUGGUGAAGAAACUACUGAUUAAGUGUUGGCUCUCAGAGACUCACUGUGAAGUUGUGGCCACAGCUCUGAAGUCCAACUCCUCCCAUCUGACAGUGCUGGACAUGAGUGAAAACAAGCUGCAGGAUUCAGCAGUGAAGCUUCUGUGUGCUGGACUGGAGAGUCCAAACUGUCGAUUGGAGACUCUGAGAUUGGAGGACUGUAGUUUGUCAGAGGUCAGCUGUGAUUAUCUGGCAGCAGCGCUGAAGUCCAACCCCUCUCAUCUGAGAGAGCUGGACGUGAGCUGGAACAAGCUGCAGGAUUCAGGAGUGAAGCAGCUGUGUGGUUUUCUGGAGAGUCCAGGAUGUGGACUUGAAACUCUGAGAUUGGGUUACUGUUGCUUGUCAAAGAUCAGCUGUGAUUAUCUGGCAGCAGCGCUGAAGUCCAACCCCUCCCAUCUGAAAUGGCUGGACCUGAGCCUGAACAAUCUGAAGGAUCCAGAUGUGAAGCAGCUGUGUGAUUUUAAGAAGAGUCCAGGCUACAGACUGGAGUAUCUGUGGUUGGACAGCGUCAGCAGCAGCAGCUUGUGUGUAGAGACGCUCUGACAGGGCCAUGUUAC